AUGGGGAGGUGCCAGUUGUCCCUUCCCACCAGCCUCAAGUCCUCCUGCACCUGGCUGGGAGAGUCCACUAUUACAGGUGUGGAAUCUGUUUCUCCAAACCUUCCCCUGGCAGCUUACUCUGGAUCUGGGGACUCCCUUGUCAGGACCCACCUGGACAAGGCAGACCAGCCUCCAGAGGUGCAGACCCAAGGCUGUGGGGCCUCUCCUCAGCUCUCCCUGAGGAAUCUCUCGAAGAAGCACGGUGAGAACAAGGGUAGUCUUCUUUACUUUGACCAGCAAGCCCCAAACCCCAUCUCUACCUCUCCCACUUUGAGGAGAUUAAGGAGCAAUGGCUGCGGGACUUUACGCUCACUGUCUCAGCAAGAGACCGGAAAUGCUCACUGGGAAGGAACCUGGGAGCUGGAAGGAGACUGCAGGCUCUCCAAGAGUCUACACAGAAGCCCAGAGAAUUCUUCACACUCCCUAUUGCCCUCGAGAAUCAAGAAUGCCUCCAGGGGCGCCUGGUCCAUCAGUGAGGGGUCUCUUCCUCGGGCCCCUCUUCCAGAAAAAGGAGGCCCCUCAUGGCCCAGCCCUGCCACAUGGCCUCCUGGUCCUCAGGGUAUAAAUCAGGAACCAGGAAACUAUGCCCUACGGGAAUUCAGCCCACCACCUGUUUUUCUACUUAUGUGUCUCCCUCUGGCUCCUUUGAACCUUCCCCAUCUUCCCAAUCUGAUUUGUGUUCAUCUCCUGCAUGUAUUGAAGGAGCAGGAGCAACGAGCGGCGCAGAGGUCCAGAGCCCUGGCCAGAGCAGAUGUCAGCAACCUGCCAGGCUCCUUCCGUUUUCCUAUUCUGCUGUCAUUUUUGCAAGACCCCUGUAGACCUUCAGAUAUCAAGCCACAUUCCAGACAACAGGAGAGGCAAAGAUCAAAAAGGAAGAAGCUAGCCAACUCUGCCCCCUUUGGGAAAGUGUUUCCAGAAGCCACAGUCCACAACUCCGGUUUCAAUCUCAUUGCUCUCUCAGAAUCCAGAAAACCAAGAUGGCCUUUCUCCAAGAGAGGAGUGGUCAAAGACAAACACAAGAACCUUUCCUAUCUGGAAAGCUGCCUGUCCUCUGUGAAAAUUACAGACUUUGGAGCCCGUGAACCCCCCACCUUUGGUACCAGCAGAGCACAGGAGACAGCCCCUUGGUUGAGCAGAACACAGUCUGAAACCCAGGGAAGCAAUUUUAUCUUAACAAAGGAUGAAACCUGGAAUGAAGUCAUGGAAACACAUCAGAAACUUCCCACCGACCAAUUAGACUUGAGAAAGCAGCAAGAGGCCAUGUGGGAACUCUUCACAAGUGAAUGCACUUAUUUCUUGGACCAUUUAUUAGUUCUUAAGAUGAUCUUCAUGAAUACAUUAAAAUAACUACAAACUCAUGAAUAUCUCCUGGAUGUGGCUGUAUGGAGACUUUUUGCAAACCUAGAGGCGUUGAGUCAGAUGAGUCACAAAAAGCUUUGGUUUUGUGAACAGUCUUUUCAGUAUCAUCAAGGACUAGGCCAAGCCUUUGGAGACUUCACUGCUGGUGGAUUUCAUUUCCAAGCUCACAAAGCAUCAUGCCAGAGCCCUUCUGUAGGAUCCAGAGAAGAUGGUCCCAGCCUUUCCAGAAAACCAGUUCUGCCCUGCACCUGUAAGAAGGCCCCUCCUUCCUCCUACCCCAGAGCAUCCCCUCAGAGGCAUGGGAAGCAAGGCUAUGGCAGUUCCCAAACCCUUUACCAGGAAUCAGUGUGCCUUUGCCAUGGCCUGGAGGUGCCAGAAAGCCUGGCAGCAUCAGAGACUCGAGAAACUGCCCCAGCGAGCGAAAGUUCUUCCUUUCCUUACCACCCUCUGGUGUACAUUCUCAGCUUUUCCGUAAAUCACAAUGAGGAUGGGAGCAGAGCUGGUGAAGCCAGAAAUCUCCCCCAAGGGCUGGGGAGAAGGAAGAAGCCCAUGGGCAAAACUAAACUCAACUGCGAGUGGGCCGCCCUGCACAGGCUGACUUGGUACCCCUUGUUACUGAAGAAUGUCUGGAAACAGAGUAAAGACUCUGCAGAGGAAAUCAUGAUCCACCCAUCAAGGAACAGGUGACGUCACUCAGUAAGGGAUCUUGAAUGAAAAGUGGAGUGGCUUGACAAUUUCCAAAAAAUGAGACGUCUAUAGGAGAUUAUAAUGUGGCCUCCACUAUGGGGUAGUGAUAAAGUAGUCUUCAUUCCAGAAUGCUUGGAACAUAUUUUUAAUGAACACACAUCAGAAAACAUCUUGUCACUAACCAACAGACCCCUUCUCCUUGAAGCUUCUUUUUUUCCCUCAGAAAGCACCAGAUUCCUAGAUGUUUAUCUGUUACUCUUUGUUAUGAAAACUGAGCGCAACAAAAAGAAACUUGGAGGCUCAGACCCUGGUUUACUGUGUCCUUCACUCACUCCUGAGCUGCAAAUAGUAAUAAGAGGGGGUACUUAGUGUACAGUAGUUGAUCAGCGAAUGUCAGCAUUCUGGCCGAGAAAUGCUUUCCUUGUACAACAUGAAAACAGGUAUGGACAGUGUAUAGCACCAUUCUUAUUACAAGCCCAAAUGGAAAACAUCAGAGAAAUGUGGACGGCACAAAUAAUAGCAGCGGUCUCUUGCUUCACCAAGAAUCAGGAAACCAAGAAUAUAUCUUUAUUUACAUUGCCUGCAGAAUCCUGA